AUGGAGAGGCAAAGGGAGGCCACUGGCCGGGUCGCGCUCGCGCAGCCUUGCAUGCCAGUGGGCUGUGGCAGUACUGGGCCUAUCCCGCCGCGCCGGCGGCCGGUCCGUCCGCUCAACCAUGGUGGGGGUGGGGGUGGGGGUGGGGGUGGGGCGGUAGCGGUAAUGGGUGGCCUUGGGUUCGGCCUCGCGAGUGUGCAAUCGCAGAUCAGGUGUCUUUCCAAGGAUGAGGAUUCAAAGGGAUGCGCGGACAUGUCGAAGGGCAAGACGGAUGAAGAAACUACACCUUCAAGACGAAAAUGUCUCGUCUGUCUUGGUGCUGUUACCUUAAUCAGUGCAACAGGACCAACAAUGUGUACACCAAAUGGACUCGCUGCGGAUAUGAUGAACAAGGCCGGGAUACAGAAAGCUGUUUGCAGGAACUGUAAUGGUAGUGGUGCUGUGAUAUGUGACAUGUGUGGUGGCACAGGGAAAUGGAAGGCCCUCAAUCGAAAGAGGGCAAAGGAUGUUUAUGAAUUCACAGAGUGCCCAAAUUGCUACGGCCGUGGCAAGUUGGUAUGCCCUGUCUGUCUUGGAACUGGCCUGCCAAACAACAAGGGACUCCUCCGACGCCCAGAAGCCAAGCAGUUGCUUGACAAGAUGUACAACGGCAAGAUACUGCCAAGGUCGUAG